AUGGACAAUGAAGAUCGUGAAAAUGAAGGCGAUCUCAUUGCUGCAGCUGAAUUUGCAACUGAAGAACGUGUGGCCUUUAUGUUACGACAUUCAACUGGCAUUGUAUGUGUUCCAGCAUUAUUUGAACGUAUGGAAGAGUUACAAUUGCCACUAAUGGUUGCAAAGAAUACAGAGAUGCACAAGUGUAAAUUCACCAUCACAGUCGACUUGAAAGACGGAAAUUCCACUGGUGUCUCAGCUGCCGAUCGUGCUCGUACAAUUCGUGCAUUAGCUGAUACGACACUUGGUCCAUCUGCUUUUAAUCGUCCUGGUCAUAUCUUUCCAUUAGUUGCUCAAAAAGGUGGUGUCCUGACUCGUGCAGGACAUACCGAAGCAGCAACGGACCUUACCCGACUUGCUGGUGUUAAGCCAAUUGGCUACAUUUGUGAAAUGAACGAUGAGAAUGGACGAAUGCUACGUCGUCCACAAUUAGAGGAAUUCUCCAAGAAAUAUCAUGUACCAUUGAUUACUAUUUCAGAUCUCAUUCGGUAUCGCUCACGUAUUGAGACGUUAGUACAGAGGAUGGAGGUCAAGGACGCAAAGGUUGACACACCUUUAGGAGCAUUUACUAGCGUCAGUUACACGUCACUCGUACACGAUGAUCAGAUGUAUCAUGCACUAGUGUUUAGUGAUGUGGAAAGCAAGACAGAUGUACCGGUGUUUCUAGUCGAAGAUGGAUUUGAGGCGAGUGUAGAGGCACAAUGGGCUCAGCAGUAUGUUGUGCAACAUGGAUACGGCAUACUCAUUUACAUGCACGGCUCGGCACAAUUACUGCAAAUAAGUGGCGAGUUAAUGGCUCGUCAAAGUAUUUUUGGCAUGGCGAUGCAGAUCGUGCGUGAUCUCAAGGUAGCUUCGGUUCAGUUAUUGUUGACAAAAGAGGUAGCUUUUGAUUUACACGGCUUUGGUAUCAUGAUUUCAGGUAGUCAACACCUUGCUACGUCAUUGUAG